GAGCAGAAGGGCAGGGAGGCAGCGGGUUUUGUUCACAUCAGUAAAUGGGGUGGCAAGAAAGGCAUGUGCAAAAAUAACGCAGGGGUGUUGUAUCGUUUCCGUGUACCCCUCAGUUACCCCAUGCACCCCCCCCUCCCCAACCCCUGAGGGCAUCUCCGUCUUCGGGAAGAAGAGUGAAGUACGUCUGUCCUCCCUUGCAGCAUUCCUCCUUCCCUCGCCUUCUGCUUGCUUUGUCCUCUUUUCUCUGGGGGUGGCUCUCCAAAACAGGGCAGCGGGCUGGUUUUGGGGUGGAAUCGGUUUUGUGCAGAGAAAAGGCAUUUUGAAAGAGGGCAGUUCUGCUGAGUUUUCUCCCCAAAAUGGGAUUAUGCGGAAGAACGAUGCACAGCGGCGAGACCUGGGUGUUUCGGCUGCAGACACCACAUUGGGCCAGAGCAUCUUGAAAUCACGUGUGGUUGGAUACCUAACGAGCCCAAUUUCCCUGAAGGCAGUCUCUCAAGGAAGGUGGCUAGAGCAUCUUCCCAGUCUGCACUGGUACUCGACUGUUCCCAGCAGCUGGGUUAACCCGGUGCUGUUUGUGGUGUAGGUGUGUGAUCUCGGCCAAACCGUCUUCUUCCUCGGCAUGGCCCGAGUCUUGCUCCAUUGCACCGUGUCUCCGCUCUCGAAUCUUCCAGUGGAAGUGGUCCAGAUCUCCCUGCGCUGUUCCUCCCUCCCUCCCUCCGCUGCUCAGGCUCUGUACUCUGCCUUGAAGUCUCAGGCAGGUGUUCAAAUAAAUAAUGCAGCUAAAAAUACCUUUUGGCAGCAGCUGGGAGUUGUUGCGAGUGGCACUGCCGGAGUGGUGGGAAUACAGCAUCCCGGCUCCGCGGGCAGGUGCGUCUGUGUGCUCCGGAAAAGCAAGAGCAGGCGCUGCGGGGACAAGGGCCUGCCUGCCUCCUGGGUCUGCCACGGCCCCACCGACAAGCUGAAGAGUUGAUUCUGCCCUCCCCGGCUUUGAAGCAGGCAUUGCCUUUGCUGAGGCUGGCUUUCAGUGGAAGGAUGCUGCCGAGGGGACCCACCAGCUGUGUCCUAACUCACGGAGGAAUGUCAUGCCAGCCCUGCGCUCUGACUGCAUCAGCAGGCAUCAGGAAAGAAUCAUUUGCACUGUGGUGGUGUCUCAGACCGUUUCCCCUUUUGGGGGGAGCACUUUGCAAGCUGGAUUGUACCACCACCUCCGGGGAAGGAUGCUGUGCCCUUCCCAGCCACCUCCAGGUGCUGUGAGAGCACUUGGCGCCUCGAGCUUUUGGUCCAGUUUGCUGGAAGCGGCUGUUUUAAACUCUGCCCCCAAAACCCUCUGCUGACUGCCUUUUCCAGGGGAGUCAUCCUAGCUGAAGGUAGCUCCCAGAGGCUUUCCCUCCCAUUCCACCUGCCUGGACCCAGACCUGGCAGCCCCAACCCCAGUGGCUGCAGAGGGCUCCAUGUCCACUAGUGCUUAUCUCCUCGCUCUGCUUGGAGACCCUUUGAGACCUCCCCCAGCAGCAAAUAGUUGGACGACAGAUUUAAUUAUUGCAGCAGGAACGUUGCUGGGGGCAGUUGGCCACAAACUGACCUUGGUUUUUCUCUCGCCCAACUGAUAGCAAACCCUUUGCUGCAGGUCAGAGCUGCUCCCACUCCGAUGCGCAGAGGAGGGAUGCUAGGCUGCUCCUCAUCCUGUGCCCAUGCGUUUUCGGGAGUGCUGGUCACCUUCUGCACCAGCUGUGGGCCUUUUGGUGGGUUGUCCUUGCGCACCUCAGCUUGGAGAGCAAAGUGGCUUGUUAAUGAGUCCCAAAGCAAUUGUGCAAGGAUAGGUGCUGGGGAAGCUGGGAUGCUCCUGAGCUGCAUGCUGCUCAGUGAGGUCUGAGACCUGGUCCUGCUCAUAGUGCUGGCAGAAGCCAUGUCAGUCCUUCAGUACUGGCUGCCAUUGCUUGUCCUCCCUCUCUAGGAGCAGGGGAAGCUGCUGGUGGGGCUGGUGUACUGGCUGAGGGUCAUCUGUGGUCUGGGCGACGCUUGAGUGAUGCUGGAGUCCCGCAGUGCUGCUGCCUCAUUGCAGUUCUGGCCACAGCUCCCUUUUGAGGCCUGAAAAGAUGAAGCCAAAUGGUAUGCUGGAAAACCUUCCUGACUCCGAGGGACAUGCUGUCUAGGAAUUGCUGGCUGCUUUUCCGUGCGUUUUGGGUGUAUUUGGCCUGUUUUGACAGCAAAAGUGCAAGCACGGGGCAAAAUGAGCGAAGGGUUGGACAACUUUCGGAGUGAAAACGUGGUCUGGCUAUGGUGUGGUGGUCCAGCUACAGUGUGUGGUGGUCCAGCACGUGCCCCUACAAGCAUGUCCGCAGUGACUUAUCUUGGUCCCCAGAGCUGGGGGGUUUGCUGUGGUUCAACAGCCUGCUGCCGGCCCGUGAAAUGCAAUCAGAGCUACACGGAUGCCACGAGCCAGGGCAAGCUGACUCUUCCCAUCUCAUCCUGCAGAGAACAAACAGAGCUCAAGUGCUGAGCAUCCGGGGGGCGCAGGAAGAGGAGCCCACGGACCCCCAGCUGAUGCGGUUAGACAACAUGCUCCUGGCCGAGGGGGUAGCAGGCCCUGAAAAAGGAGGUGGCUCGGCUGCCGCUGCUGCUGCUGCUGCUGCCUCGGGAGGAGCCGGCUCCGACAACUCGGUGGAGCACUCCGACUACAGAGCCAAACUCUCCCAGAUCCGGCAGAUCUACCACACGGAGCUGGAGAAGUACGAGCAGGCAUGCAACGAAUUCACCACCCAUGUGAUGAACCUGCUGCGUGAGCAGAGCCGGACCCGACCUAUCUCGCCGAAGGAGAUAGAGCGGAUGGUGAGCAUCAUCCACCGCAAGUUCAGCUCCAUCCAGAUGCAGUUGAAGCAAAGCACGUGUGAAGCCGUAAUGAUCUUGCGCUCCCGAUUUCUGGAUGCACGGCGGAAGAGACGAAACUUCAACAAGCAGGCCACGGAAAUCCUGAAUGAGUAUUUCUAUUCCCAUCUCAGCAACCCUUACCCCAGUGAGGAAGCCAAAGAAGAGCUAGCCAAGAAAUGUGGCAUCACAGUCUCACAGGUAUCAAACUGGUUUGGAAAUAAGAGAAUCCGGUACAAGAAGAACAUAGGUAAAUUUCAAGAGGAAGCCAAUAUUUAUGCUGCCAAAACGGCUGUCACGGCUACCAAUGUGUCAGCCCAUGGAAGCCAGGCUAACUCACCCUCAACUCCCAAUUCAGCUGGUUCUUCCAGUUCUUUUAACAUGUCAAACUCUGGAGAUUUGUUCAUGAGCGUGCAGUCUCUCAAUGGGGAUUCUUACCAAGGGGCCCAGGUUGGAGCCAACGUGCAGUCACAGGUGGAUACCCUUCGCCAUGUUAUCAGCCAGACAGGAGGAUACAGUGACGGACUCGCAGCAAGUCAGAUGUAUAGUCCGCAGGGCAUCAGUGCUAAUGGAGGUUGGCAAGACGCUACUACCCCAUCGUCGGUGACCUCCCCCACAGAAGGCCCUGGCAGCGUUCACUCUGAUACCUCCAACUGAUCUCCCAGCAAAUUGCAUCCCUGGCUGAGCCGGCCCCGGCGGGGGCGGGAGGGGAGGGGGCCUCUCCUAACACCGCAGCAGUCAGACUGGAGGUGAACCCAAUCAGCACACACAAGAAGACUCCUUCUCUUCUCUUCUCUUCGUCGGGAUGCUUUUUUCAGCCAAUCUGGACACUUCUUUAUACUCUCUUCCCUUUCUUUUCUGGGUAGAAGCCGCUCUUCCCCCUCCCCGCCACUGCCACAACACCAGUCCCUUCCCCUCAUCCCUUCCCACCGAAGAAUAUGUCAACAGGUGGAAGGAUUUUAAGGAGGAAAAGCAAAAAUCAACUGCCACCACACCAAACAGCCCCAAAGCAGUGUACGGCCUCGGGCUGGGCGUCUUUCUGAGGAGCCACAAACGUACCUCAGCCACGUCUCGCUCCUUUACUAGCAGGCAGCCCCCCUCGCCCCUCCCCGUCUCUCAGGCUACCUCUCCGUAGGGAAACACCUCUCCGUAGGGAAAUGCCACCACAGCCCUGCUGUCGCCUCGCCUCCGCCAGCCCUAGCCACAGCCAGCGCAUCGCCUCCGUGUGCCCAGCCCUGCCUCGGUGAGCUGCCCCUGGGGCACUGCCGGUGACGGGGUGGGUGGAUACAGCCCCCCGUACACGUAGGAGAAGGAGCCAGUGUUGCUCCCCUUCGCUUCCAAAAGGUACUUGGCCCAUUCCCGGCCUGGGGGAAACAGCCGGCACUCCCUGGUCCCUGCCCUGCUCCGCCACAUCCCGCUGGCUGCUGUGAGCUGGGUGAGCCAUGAAACCCCACCGUCCUCCCCGCCUGCUGUUGGAGGGGAGGAAAGGAGGGAAGGAGACAAAGCAAAGGCGGGCAAGAAAUAGCCAUCACUGAUAACGAAGGCGCUGAGCACCUCCGCGAUGUUGUUACAGGAUCAGGUCUGGAUGAUUGAUGGGACCCCAGCAGUUUUCUCACAGCACCUAGGGAGGCUGGCAGUGGAAUUUUCCUGGUGGGGAGAGUGUCGUGGGGUGUCGGCUUAUGGUUCUGGGAGCAUGCUGCACUGUGGAAGAGGAGGAGGUGGGUUCCCCAGUGCAGGGAGGACCUGAUGGCACCCGCUGCAUUCCCAAAGCCUUGCUGGGCAGGCAGCAAGGGAUGGGCAGCAGGAUGCCGGAGGCUGGAUGCAGCGGGGUGAGCGCAGCAGGUGCUUUUGGUAACGGUUAAUGCAACAGGUUUGCUUGAGGGUGAAGCUCUGUAGGACGGGUGAGCGCCCUGUUUGGGGAUGUCUUUCUGCUGAAGCUGCUGGUUUUAUCCCAGGAGUUACGGGCAGCAGUAUCCCAAGCCAUGGGAGAACUCAUGGGAUUUUCUGCCCAGCUUUUCUGGUCUGUUCUUUGGACAACCAGCAGUGGCUGUUAAGUGAGGCUUCCCCCUGCUGAAACACUCCUUGAGGCAGCCGGUGCUGGCAGGACAUGGCUUUCGUUGAAGAGCAGGGUGAGGAGGCACCAGUUUGCCCAGGGCGACGGGCUGAGCUUCUUGCUGGGGCGGUACUUUUGGCCAGAGGUUGUUCAGCAGGCGCAAGGACGCUGACCCAGCCCACGGCAAGACCUGAGUGCUGUGGGGACUGGUGUGGGUGCAGCAUGUCUGGCACCUUGUGAUGUAUCCAAAUGCCUCUUGGCCACAUCUUGUGCUCUUCCACAUCCGUGCCCGCCCUGCCCGUGCCGGCACUGGCCAUCUCGAGAUGGGAACUGCCAGUACAGAGCAGCGUUAAGCAGGAACCAUUUGAAAUUAAAGCUCUGCCAAAAUAAUUUCCAUCCUUCUGCUGGAAAAAAUAAUGGUGGUUGGCCUGCCAGCCAUGGAGGUGGUGUGCCCACAGCUCCGGCACGCUGUCACUGUGCAGCACGCGGCCAGCAGCAUGACUCACCUGAAGCGGCAGUGAAGCCUGCCUUUCCCUGGGGAACAAGCCCGGAAGGCUCCAAAACACCCGCUCUCAAAUGUGACCUUCCCCCGAACGCAAAAAGUCCCGGUUGAGUGCAUUUUCUGUUUCUGAGCUGGUGGCAUCAGAGUAGGGUGCAAAAGGUGGAUGAGAAAUGGCACAAGCUGCUCUCUGCUUGGUUUUUGUGUCUCCAGCCGUGAGACACUCUCUGCUCCUUCCACAUGCGUACCCGGGGAUGGGGCCGUGCCACGGAGCGGGAUGCGACGUGCGAGGUCUAGGGCUGCCUCCCGGUUGGGAUUACACUAAGAGCAACGAGAAGGUUGUUUCCCUGCGAGGACACGGGUUAGGAGGUGCUCCUCAUCAGCCUGAGGAACCUUCCCACUCUCCUCCUCCUCCUCCUGUGGCCUCCCCCAGUGCAGCUUUGUAACUAUUUCCAGCUUAUUUUACGUGAAACCCUUCUGGCAAAGUGUUUCAGGGACGCAGGACUGGGUCAGGUCUGUUCUCCGGAGCGGCAGCAGUGCCGUGCCUGCCGGAAUGCCGCCGUACCUCUUGGAAACCAGCCGGGAAGGAGCUGAAACAACCCUCUGAACCGGGGCUGCCUGCCCCUGCCCUGCCAGUGCUGCCCCUCCUGCCUGCAGCCCUGCCCGCAGCACCCCUGCCCGCGCAGGGCGCUCGCCCCUCCACGGUACUUUGCAAAUCACCUCCUGGGUUCCCCGGUUGGUCCCUCCGGUUCAUGUUGGCGUAGCUGCUUGCUUGCCUUUUUCUUUGCUUUUUUUUUUUUUUUUUUUUUAAUUAAUUUUUGGGUUUUGUUUCUUCCUCCCCUUCCCGCCCACCCCCAACCCUGAGUGUUGUGGGUUUUUUUCUUCUUCUUCUUUUUCUUUUUUAUUAUUUUUGUUUUCUGCCCAGAAAAACCUGACUUCGAUACCAAAAAAAACAAAACAAAAAAACAAAAAACAAAACAAAAAAAAAAACAAACAAAAAAACCUGCAGAAACUCAAAAAAAAUAAAAACAAAAAAAAAACACAAAAAAAACUCGACGAUUCUUUCAGCUUUAUUAACAUUUUCCAUUGUUUCUUGCGAUUUGUGUCUCGUUCUUUGUAGUAUUGAUGAUAACGAACAUUUGAUAAUGAAUGUUCUUGUAUAUUCAGAUAAAGGAGAAAAAAAAAACCAAAAACGCAGUCGGAAUUUAAUAGUGUUUAUAAUAAAAGAAUAAAAAAAUGA